CAGUGAAGGAUACUACACACACCAGAAGAUGAAGUUUAAUUCAGUUGUGUGCUUAUGUGUUGCUGGAGCCAUACUUCUCAAUAAUAUAUCAGGUUCAUUUUGCCAGUCAAAUGUGUGUGGCCAAGCCCCGCUAAACACCAAAAUUGUUGGAGGGGAGGAUGCAUCUGCAGGGUCUUGGCCCUGGCAAGUAAGCAUACAAAGUAACACCUAUGGAGGCCAUUUCUGUGGUGGGAGUCUCAUCAGUCCGUCCUGGGUUUUAUCUGCAGCUCACUGCUUUCAGAGCGUUUCUACAGAUACCAUUGUGGUGUACAUAGGACGUCAAAGCCAAACAGAUUCAAACCCAAAUGAAAUUUCCAGCACAGUGUCUCAAGUUUUCACACAUCCUUCCUAUUCAAGUUCUUCAGAAGACAAUGACAUAGCUCUCCUUCAACUCUCAUCUCCUGUGGAGUUCAGUAAUUAUAUUCAGCCCGUCUGUCUGGCUGCUGCAGGUAGCACGGUUGAUGCAGGUACAAUGACCUGGAUCACAGGAUGGGGAAAACUUAAUCCUAACUCCAACCAACUCCCCGCCAUCCUGCAGGAAGUGGAGAUACCAAUUGUGAGUGACAGUACUUGCAAAAAUGCCUAUGCAGGUCUCACAGACAACAUGAUAUGUGCUGGAUUAAGUCAGGGAGGAAAAGACUCAUGUCAGGGGGAUUCUGGAGGGCCACUGGUAGUUAAGAUUGACACCCAGUGGAUUCAGUCUGGAAUUGUGAGUUAUGGUCAAGGCUGUGCUGAACCUGGAUAUCCUGGUGUGUACACAAAAGUCUCCAAUUACGAGGACUGGAUUAUCUCUCACAUAAGCAGCGACCAACCUGGUUUUGUUCAGUUCUCCUCCAAUAGCCCUAGCAGCUACUCAUCCAACUACUUUGUAUUUAUAAUGUCCCUCAUAUAUAGUAUUGUUACUCUAUUAUUCCAUUUUUAAAUUUUGGGGCUUAUUUGUGUUGUUAAUAAGCUAUUAAUAUAUUAUUUCAUCUAACUGUUUAAAUCUUUCAAAUGUUUUUCUCUCUUUUCAACGAGAGAAUGUUUGCUAUAUGUGUAAAGUCAAAAUGCAUAACUAAAUCUUAACUUUAAACCAGAACUGGAUCAUUGAAAAGCUCAAAAUGACCAAAUUGUCGAAAAUGUAUUUAACUUUAUUGAAUUUAAAUGUUACACAGUCCAAACUAAGUAAAUGAUAUUUAUAUUUAAAAAAGGCAUUGGCUUGGAAAGUCUUUGUCUUUCUGUAUGUUGUGUAGAACAUGGUGUCAGAUUACGCCAUGGGCAAAUAUGAUAACAACGUAUGUUGCGUGACUUGCAGCUAGAUAUACAAGAACUCCCUGAAACUUUUUGUCACAAGGAAUGUUUUGGUAAUUGUGGCUUUGUUAAAGUUGGAUCAGCAGAUCUCUAGCCGAAAAUGUAUCCUACUGCACAUGCUUUGGGCCAAUCAAAAUGUUUAUUUUUAUUUUUAUACCUGAUCAUCCAGUCCUGUCAAACAUAAACAGCCACCUACAUGCAUCUUGCAUGACAAUUACUCUGGCAUCUUUUCUCCACCCCUGUUCACACACUGACUUAAUAUUAUCCACUUUUUUUAGCCCAGGGGUUUAGCUUAGAGAUUGUGACGUAAUUCAGGUCCCACCUCCACCUUCUAGGAAAGCAAGUCGGAUUUGUUUAUUGUUACUAAAGACUAGAUAGGUGAAUUUGUGUAGAUUUCAGUAAUACAUUGUGCAUUUCACUCAAUAAGUGACAUAAUACAACAUUGAUAAUAACAUUCUUUAAAGCAACACCAAAGAGUUUUGGCUCUUUGCUCCCCCUACAGGUUAGAAGCGUAAUUGUCCAUUACCCACUGUCAUAAAUACUGAGGCAUAGCUGGCUCUGAUUGGAUUGUAGGUCUGCCGUAAAGCAAGUUUUUGUAGUAUUCACUCGGACUACAGGACCACUACCCGACGUUUGGAAACUUCUUUAGUGCGGUUUUGGCCGAUAGAGGGCUGCAAAGCGAAUGUGAAAGUGCUGUUCACCCUGUUUAGAGUGGAUGAACGACUGAAACUGUUUUGGAAGCGUUAUUUUAAGGUAAAAAAAAUUCUUUGGUGUUGCUUUAAGAUGAUCCUAGUUAUGGAAAUAUUUUAUUAUUUUACCAUUGACAGAGAAAAUCCAAACAUGCAAAUGAAAUUUGUAUAUCAUUAGAGGCCAUUAUGUGUAAUAAGAUGGAAGAUGGAAUAUUUAGAGUUAUUUUGAGUCCAUAAAAUAAGAAAUAAAUGUAGCAUAUUUUGCAUUCCUUAUAUUUAAUGAAAUUGCAUGGUGUGAUGACACAUUACAUUUGACCCGUAAGCACUUGAGAUAAUCUUGUAUUUAUUUGUUCAGACAGGCCACAUACAUGCCAGACCAUACAGCCACCUCAUUUUCAUUUUAAGGUGAACUAUCCCAUUUAAGUGCAUUUAUUACUUCAUUUGUCUAUCUUAGUAUUUUUUAGUUUUCCAUUAUUUGCUGAUGAGAAUAAAUUUAUAUAUUUAUUUUACCACCUUCAUUUUUACACUUUGUCAUGUCUUUUUCUCGUUAUUACUACUGUUAUGAAAACCCGCAAAAGCAUGUUCUAUG